GCUAACGUUAGCCUGCUUGGCUUGGAAUGAAUUUCUCGAAGAAUGUUCGGCCUUCAAAGUGGUGCUGAGCGUCGCUUGCUGAUCGUGGCGCUCCUGCAGCUCAUCUAUUUGUCCUUCCUGUCCAGGUUUCACGGGAAGCAGCAGCGGUACCGGUACUCGGAGCUGUUCGGAGGCUCGGCGGCUAAAAAGAAUGCGCAGCAGGCGGAGAAAAACUCGAGGAAAGAGCGGCUCCGGUUCUCCCUGUCCACCGGGGGCAUCUUCGACAACAGCGGUCAGUACCGGAUCUACAAGAACCUGAUCAAAAGUGAUUUCACCACCGACCAGAAGCCAGGACUGGACCCCAGCUCCCACGUCCUGGCUUUAGCCACCCACACCACCAUCAACAACCUGCACCAGCUGGAGUCUCUGGUGGACCGGUGGCAAAACCCGGUGUCUGUGGCCGUCUUCGCUCAUGGCCAAGAUAUCAAGUUUGCCACAGCUCUGGUGUACGCGCUCGGCUUCUUCUGCCCUCAAAUCCAAGCCCUGGUGGACAUCCACUUGGUGUGUCUGUCAGGCGAGAUGGCCAGUUUUCCUGAGCAGGAUCGAGAACACUUCACCGGCCUUGAGGACUGUAAUUCUGUCUUCUCCAGGCUGGAGAGCCACAGGGACAAAUACCAGAACUACGCCAUCAGCGGAAACAUCUCAUACCCCAACAACCUCCUCCGUAAUGUUGCUCGCAGCGGCACAGAGUCCUCCUACAUCCUGGUCAUCGACAUUGACAUGGUGCCCCAGUUGCUGACCUCCACCAGCAGUUCUUGGCCAUGAUCAAGAGACGUGAGCCAAUGAGGGGACGAGGUGUUUGUGUUGCCAGUCUUUGAGAUCCGUCAUGCAAGGAAGAUGCCAGCUACCAAGUCAGAGUUGGUUCAGCUGUAUCAGGUCGGCGAAGUUCGGCCGUUUUAUGAAGAGUUGUGUCCUCGCUGCCAGGCGCCUACCAACUACUCACAGUGGUUAACAGAUACUCAGGGGGGUGACACUCUGGAAGUUGCCUACACACUCACCUGGGUGGACCCCUGGGAGCCCUUCUAUAUUGGGCCCCGCACUGUGCCUCUCUAUGACGAGAACUUUAAGCAGUAUGGCUUCAAUCGCAUCAGCCAGGCCUGUGAGCUCCACGUGGCCGGCUACAGGUUCUCGGUGCUGAGCUCUGCCUUUGUGGUGCACAGGGGCUUCAAGAUCCAGGGUGAGUUCCACCCUAGGAAAGACGAAGAGAACAAACACAACCGGGUCCUCUUUCGAAAUUUCAAAGAGACCCUGAAAACCAAAUAUCCAUCCUCAAACCGACGCUGCUGAGUUUAGACUAGAACUCGUGUUCCUGCCUGAAUCUGUCUUUUUGCUCCUAUGAUGGACGUGGUACAUUACCUCCCAGCAAGCAUUUCCUCAAACCUAAUUACCCAGCUGUGGUUUCUUGUGACAAUACUCCACUACUAAUUUAACCUCAUCUGUUUCUGUAUUCCAUUUGUGUGAUCUCUGGAGGUUUCUCAAUGAGAUAGAACAGAAGACUUGACUCUUCACUGACCACUAAGCAGCUGACAUUAUUAGUGCCUGUGCUGAAUGGAAAAUGCCUCAUUUGAAGCUGAACGUAACACAAAAAAGCAUGUACCAUCUGUAUUCUAAAAUACUUUAUGGCAAAUGUAUCAUCUCUGAACAAGAUGCCAACUUUCAAGAUUUUCUAAGGAGCAAAUUCUGCUGGAUUUCCUACAUUUCAUAUUGGCUGAUCAAAAGCUGCCUUAUCCCUUUGAUCGGGGGUCACCAAUCCUGCCCUUGGGCCUGGUUUUGUGAGGCACUGCUAAGAGGGACAACACUCCCACUUUAGUCAGACUAAAAGUGGGGCCAUACUGUGGGUACAGACUAGACAAGUUAGAUCCAUCUGACUCUACUCCAAAGGUCUAAAAUUUGGAAAACUCGUGUGAGGUAGUUUAAGCCUGUUCAUCCUGGUCUAAGGCCAAGAUUGAUAGGAGGCAACGGUUAUGGCCACAGAGGGUUUUUUUUCUGAGAUCACAACUCUCCAGAGUUGUUCAUGAUUGGGAUCCUAUAUCGGAGGGGGGUGACAACCUAAUGAUUUUUAAUUCUGUCUGUAGCAGGAUCCAGUGACCCUUGAAUUCGUUUCAUAAGCGUGUACCUCGGUUUAAUGAGAAAUCGACUGAUUGACACCUCUGGGCCUUUAGAGGUUUGUGACAAUAAGUGAUGUAGUUUGACCACCAGAUGGCAGCAGUCACUAGAAUGUUCAGUUUAUAAUUUAGUCUGAAGAAUCAUGACAGCAGGAUGCAGGAUGACAACACCGACUGGUCGUCAUUUUCAUUAUCACUUCAGGGCAGCUCUGUAGUAGCAGAAUUACAAUCAGAGCAUAUGAGUUUUUCUAGGAUGUCACUGUAAUUCUGUUACCAUAGAAUGAGAACGAAAGGAUCAUUGUGAGAGCAUAUGGCAGCUAUUAGGAGACAUUACACAAUACUACUAUUUUACAGACUGUGGACAACUACUGUUUAUUUGUUUGUUUUGAGCACUGAUGUCCAGAAAAAAUAAUCUCUCAAUAAGUGUUUGGGUUUUUUAAGCUUUUUAGUAUUCUCAGUUUUAAGUCUGGAUAUAUAUAUAUAUUUUUUCUUUUAGUUUUGGGUGGUUAGAUUUAAUUUAAAGAUAUUUAGGUCAGAUGAUUAAAUCAGUGUAAUUAAAUAUUUAAUUCUGCAAGUUUUUUUAAUUAAACUUACACUAUUAUUAACAAUGUAUUUACAAGUUGUAAAGACUGCGCACAUGUGCUUUUUGUUCAAAGAGAGUUUAACAAGAAAUAAGAACCAAUGUGUGUGAGUGUGAAUUCUCCUUUUUGUCUAAAGGUUCUGUUUUUUUGCAUAAAUAAGACUUAGGUGGUAACCUGUGUAUUGGUCAAACACUAAGCUAGCAGCAAACACUUUAUCUAAAGCUUUCAGGUAGCAGUUUUAAUCAUAUAAGAACCUCUGAAUCAGUAUCUCCAGUAGUUUGUCUUCUUCCUGGAAAUAUAAUGUUAGCAUUUCUUCUCAUUGCGUGAUGUUAACGUUAGCAUUUCUUGUCAUUGCGUGAUGCUAAGGUUGGUGCCGUGGCUGUAUUGGUGGGAUCAGGUGUCGUCAGCGAUUCAGCUAAAAGUUAAAGUUUAGUUGCACUAUCAGAUGUGAUUUAUCAGCGGUUUCAUUUCUCCUGCACCACCUCACUUUGGAGGCGGGGCAUAAGCAGCAGUUCUCUUUCAGUUAAAGCAAUAAGCACAGGAACAAUUCCUUUACCGGAGAGCUAAAUUUUUGUAGGCCGCAUUGUCACAGUGUUUAAGGUAUUCGUGCGACAAACCUUUUUUUUGUUUUUGAGAAACCAGAGGUCCUCAUUUAUAAAACAGUGAUGAUUCAUGACUAAAACUGUGUGAACAAAGGUACAUAAGAAUUCAUUUCACCUGAAUUAUAAAACCACAUGUAAACAUGGCCCUCUUAUAAAUCUCAAUCAUCAUAUGCACAUUUCUGCUUCCCUCUCCCAUCUUUAGCCAUGAAUGGAUGUAGACACUGCAAAUGGUUUGCAUUUAAAACAUUGUGUGCACCACAGGUUAUUAGACACAGAAAUGGGGAAAAACAACAAUGAGGGAGAAGCACAAUUUCACCAAAUAUAAAACAGUCACCCAACAGAUAGAUGGAUAAAAGGAAACGUUGGGGGUGGGGUUGGUUCUGGAAUAAAACAAAAUUAAAAACUACUGAAAUGGGGGAAGUAAUGGAGGCAACAAACACACACAUCACAUAACCAUGACUAUUUUUAGUAUCCACACUUAACCAAAAAUACAUAUAAAUAUCGGGGUUGAUUUAAAACAUAUAAGUGCACACAGUUAUUUACAAUUUAGUGUAUGUGUGAACAGAAUUAAUAUUUAAUGAUUAAUACAAGCUCUGGCACUGGGUACUUUGUCUUCUAUUAAAUUACUCAACUUAUUUUUAAUUUCCACUUUUCCAUGUCAGUCUUGACUUGUGAAAAAUGUGUACGUACGUAGGUCUGAAGUAUACAUGAGGUUCGCACAUACUCACGUUCUGUCUGUAAAUACCUGUUCAUGUGGUUUUCAGUUAUAUAUAUGUGGCCUGUGGUGAUUAAAUUAACUUGGUGACAAACAAAAAGUACAUUCUGACCACUUUAAGUCGUGCCAUAUGACAAAUAUCUCACUAUAUGAGCUAAUCUGGACAAAUUAUCUACAGAACAGAACAUUAUUUAUGUGUAGAAUGUGGAUAAAUCUGAGUAUGGCAGAACUUUAUGUAGGCCAUCAUUACACAUCAGGAGAUGUAAUUUCAAUAAAAAAUACUGAUUACUUGUUAAAGUUAGCAGCUUAAAUCAACAAUGAAUAUACCAUUAUUCACAACCAAUGGUAGCACGCUUAGGUGAUAGAACAAAAUACUGUAUAAUGGAAAUGUUACUCAUUUUAAAAUAGAAAAUUAAAUGACUGAUGUGGGAAAAAAGAUCAUUAUUCUGUAACCUACUGGUUCUUAUUAACAGUAUUAAACAAAAUUUUUGUUCCGUCUUUGACAACUGUACAGAUGUAACUUUAGUGAAAAUUCAUAUAUCUCAUAUGUACCACAAAGUCUGCAUCUACACGAUUUGUUAUGAAAACUGUCAUGUAAUUGUUGAUAUUUGGAGAGUUUUAUUUCAUUUGCGUUUUUUUCUUCACCUGUUGUUUUCAACAUAUUUGAUACUUUUUUGAAUAACUGGAAUUAGUGCAACAGAUUUUCCAAAAUAACCCCACGCAAAAAAAAAACUGCAGCAGAUUUAUUUUUAUGUUAUUUAUUCAUUUUAUUAUCACUGCUGUUUUGUGAAGAUUGUUGUGGACAGUAUUUGUUUUUGAACCACUAUAGAGUUUUUAUUUGGGUUGGUACUGACAAACUACUUCAGUGAUCUGCUGUGGUGAUUUAUUAUUACUUGGAAUUGAUACAUGUGUAUUUAUUGAUGCCUGAUUUGUAUUUUGGAAUUUCAAUAAAACUGACUGGAUGA